AUGACCUUCAACUUCAACCUCGGCGCAGGCUUCAACCCGACUUUCGGCCGCGAUCCCGGUCCCCCUCCUCCAGGCAACUCCCUCGCAGCGCAAUCCAUCCCCCUUGACAGCGGCCCUCCUCCCCCUUACACAACCCGCAGCGCCCAAGCCCCCGUCAUCUACCACUGGACGACCCAGCCUUCCGGUCCCGGCAUCCCCCCAAUCACCUACUACUUCACCAUAAACCCGUCCAACCCCGCUGGCCCCGUCACUAUCCUCUACUGCCACGUGGGCUACCCGAACAGCAGUGGCAUGGCGACCGCCCAGACCGCCCUCGCUGCCCAGCCUGCUCAACCCCAAGCCUUCGCAGGCGUAGGCGUCGGACUACCCGCCAACGGCAUCGGCACAACCUGGGCGAUUGACGCCAACGGCCAAUAUUAUCAGUAUGUAUCCGGUAUCAACAAUAGCGGACGUGUCCCGCAACCUGCGCCCCUGAUAAACCCCGACUUCCCCGCCGGUAACCUGAUCAACUCCACAGGCGGCGUCGGCCUCGAGCCAGGGUACAACUACUUCUUCCAAACGGACCACGCGAACGUCGUGCGGCUGAUGUGUCCCACGGAGCCCUGGAAGCUGCAGCCGGGAACAUAUGACGCGAUUGAGUUCAUGCCGGUGAAAGUGCCAGCCAGCACAACAAUGGAGCAAUGGUUUGUGGGGAACGGUGUCGAUCACCCGGAUAAGAGCCUCAACCAGAUGUGGGAGGUGUAUCCGAAAGGCGGGGGGGCGUGGGGUUGGAAGGAGCAUAUUAGGGGGGAUGAUGAGGUCAUGAUGAAGAGGACUGUUCGGGAGAUGGGGUGGUGUGAGAAGAGGGGGGGUCAGUUACCGACGGUCAUCGGCGGCAACCCGCUUCACCUGACAGUCACCCCGAAUGCUCCGAGGAUGACCCCAGACGGUCGCAGCGAGCGUCAACGACGGAGAAAGAUACCUCUGGCCUGCGAACCAUGUCGCAUCCGCAAAUCGCGUUGCGACGGAGCAAAGCCGAUCUGCUCCACCUGUCGACGGCGCUCGCUGCCGCUCCACCAGUGCAUUUACACGCUGGAGAACGCUCGCACGGCCAGCAACGAGGCUUACAUUCGGGUCUUGCACGACCGUAUUCGCCGACUAGAACGGCUGUGUACCGACCAUGGCAUUCCCACUCCUCCCAUCGACUCCGUCAGUGACGACGCCCGGUCCCCGAGCGAGCCCCGGACGGACCCCCACUCUCUGAACCCCGCUCCUCGCCCGGGCGAAACUGCCCUGCAGCCCCCAGACCCCCCUACUCGGAGCCUGCCAGAACAUGCCCCCUCGCCGGCUGUAUCCCGCUGCCGACACAGCGCUGGCACUCCCGAGCCUGACAGGCUUGAUGACACAGAGAUCAGGACCAGUAUCACGGCCAUGGGCACGGUCUCCACUGAGGACGAUGCGUGUCAGGCCUUUGAAGCUGUAAAUGAGUUCUACGGCAGCUCGUCAGCGGCUUCGUUCAUGAAGGAAGCUUGUCUGGGGCUCGGGAGUUCUCCUGGAGCAGACUCGUCUACGAUCGUUUUUCACUGCGCUCUGAAUGGUAUCUUCGCCAUUGGCUGCCAGUUUGCGGAUUUGAACCCCAGAGAGAAGUUGACGGCAGUUGAAACCUUCUUCAACCGGGCCAAGGCAUUUGUGGGGUUGGACUUUUUAGACAUGCACAAUGUUGGGGUUGUCCAGGCCCUGCUACUAAUGGCCUUAUUGCUGCAAAGUACUCCCUUUGCCAGCAGGUGCUGGAACUCUGUGGGAGUGGCCUGUCGCGUGGCUCAGGGACUGGGCUUACACACUGAAUCAGGCCGGACUGCCCGUUCACCCCUAGAGACAGAGAUACGGAGGAGGACGUGGCAUGGAUGUGUCGUACUGGACAUGAUCGUCUGCAUGAUCUACGGACGGCCGACCAUGACAGCACACUUGCCCAGUUUGUCUCUUCCGUCGACAGAAGAAUUCGAUGGCGAAGAGCGACUACCACCAUCAGUACCAUCGAGAAUGAAUUUCUAUCUCGAAUACAUCCGGCAAUGCCGGAUAUUGGGCGAGAUAUUGUCCAGUGUAUACCAGUCAUCCCAGGGCGGAACACCAGGACCAUAUACGGCUGCCUACCAGGAGGAUUCUAGGCCCCAUGGCAUGGAUGAGAUUCUCAAGCUCGACGACAAACUUACGAGAUAUGAAAGUGAUGUCAAUCCGCUGCUGUCGUGGAAGAACCCUUGUGAUAUUAAUGCUUUCACUGGAGGCUUAGCCGUUAUCCUAGCCUAUCUCUGCCCUGCCCUCGUCGAGUCACUCGACAAGACGCGGCUGGAGAGUGCCUGGAUGGCAUGCCAGGAGAUCUUGACACACUUUGCGUCGUUUAGUAUAUCAGCCCAUCGAUCGUUGAAACUCCUGCGCAAGGUUCACGCGGACGUCAUGUCCCAUGUGAGCUCAGGCGUGGAUAUGCGCAGCUCUAAUGGAUUCUAG